AUGAGACCUCGCAGCUUCCCUUACCGUUGACAACUCAUACUCCAACUAUUAUCUAAUUCAAACCUUGAAGCACAACAUCGGUAUAAAGGUUGCCUACGCUAAGGUAACCUAAACUCUCUCUCAUACAUAUAUGCUUAAAUCCAUCGAUGUUUGCUGGUAAUAAGCAUCACACAACACCUCGGAUAUCAAAAUGAUCACAAGGAUCACCCUCCUUGCGUCCCUGGCGACGGUCGCCAGGUCCUCUCAACCUGGAGCUCCCGCGCCGGUCGCAGCUCCGAUGCGAGAUCUCGAAUGGGGACAGAUCAAUCUCCUGCAUACUACAGAUAUACACGGAUGGCUUGGUGGACAUAUGCAAGAACCGCAGUAUUCGGCGGACUGGGGUGAUUACAUCUCGUUCACGAGUCACAUGAGACAAAAAGCGGACGAGAAAGGAGUGGAUUUACUGGUCAUCGAUACCGGCGAUCGGGUAGAAGGAAACGGUCUGUACGAUGCCUCGAAUCCGAAGGGCAACUACACCUACGAUAUCUUCGGCUCGCAGUCCGUAGACUUACUAUGUACCGGUAAUCACGAGCUAUACCAAGAAGCGACCGUCGACCGAGAGCACAACACAACCGUGCCGAAGUUCAAGCACUCCUAUAUCGCCUCCAACCUCGACUACAUCGAGCCCGAGACCGGCAACCAGAUCCCCCAGGCCCAGCGCUAUGUCAAGUUCACCACCAAGAAGCUUGGCUAUAGUGUCGUGGCGCUAGGGUUCAUCUUCGACUUCGACCGGAACGCGAACAACAGUGUCGUGACCCCCGUCGAAGAGACUAUGAAGCAGGAGUGGUUCCAGGCCGCCAUCAGGGAGAAGCCCGACCUUUUCCUCGUCAUCGGUCACGUCGGUCUCCGCAUGAAGGAGUUCGAGCAGAUCUUCAAGGUCAUCAGGGACCAGAACUGGUACACCCCCAUCGCAUUCCUCGGCGGCCAUGCGCAUGUCCGUGAUGCGAGGAAGUUCGACGACAACGCAUUCGCGAUCGCUAGCGGCCGAUACUUCGAGACCAUCGGAUGGAUGUCCAUCGACGGCAUCAAAAAGAAGAGCGCGAGUGUCCCUUCGACCGAAGCCACUGUGACCUUUAGACGUCGCUACAUCGACAACAACCUAUUCGGUUUACACUACCACACCGGCCUCAAUGAGACCACCUUCCCCACCGAGCACGGACGCAACGUGACCAAAAUGAUCACCGCAGGCCGCAAAGCCCUCAAACUCGACGAUUCAUUCGGCUGCGCGCCGCAAGACCUCUGGAUGAGUCGAGCCCCGUACCCGCACAAUUCGAGCAUCUUCUCCUGGCUCGAGACACAAGUGCUCCCGACAGCCAUCACCAACGAAGAGCGAAAGGACGUACCGAGACUGGCCAUCGUCAACACGGGCGCCAUCCGCUUCGACAUCUUCCAGGGCCCUUUUACUAAGGACUCGACGUACUUGAUCUCGCCCUUCGUCAGCAAGUUCAACUACAUCGCCGACGUGCCGUACGCCGUCGCUAGCAAAGUCAUCGAGAUGCUGAACAGCGGCGGCCCCGUGUUCAACGGCGCGUUAGACACCAAGUACCUCAGCAUCCCCGAGCAAAUGGCGCCAAGCCGGUUCUUCGAAGCGUCCUUAUCCACGGCAAACGAGGACGAAGACGCGCUCCCGAUAUUCGUAGACGGCGAAGCGUCGCAAAAGCCGCUCAAGACCGACGACCCCGAGCUGAUCGGCGGGUACACGACGCGCGACGACCUCGGCGACGACGGCGACGACGCCGUGCACUCGCCCAUCAAGUUCUACGCCGUGCCCAACUGCAUCCAGUCCAAGAUCGCGUUCCCGGCCCCCGCGCCCCCCGGCGACGGCCAGACCGAGCCCCAGCCCCAGGACCCCGAGAAGGUGGACCUGGUGUUCGUGGACUACGUCCAGCCGUGGGUCAUCACCGCGCUGAAGUUCAGCGGCGGCGACUACGGGACCGAUGACGUGAAGGUGUAUACGAAUAGCACGCUGACGGAUUUGAUCGCGGGCUGGGUUAAGGAGAACUGGAAGAAGGACUGUUAAGAUGAAGGUUGGAGUUGAGUAACCUAAAGAUAUGAAGAAGGGGGGAAGGGAAAUUUAUUACCCCGAUCUUGUUGGAAGUUGUCUUGAUACGAGUAGGAUUGAAUGGAUUGUACGAUUUCAAAUUGCGCACUGAACAUUUAGCACGGCACGGCACGGUUGGAUUUUUGGAUUUGGAUCGGAUUAUUAUCAUACAUUACACUACAUUAUACCUCUAUACUGUAUUACGCGGCAGCGAUAUCAUCAUGAAAUGAAAUAGCAACGGCACAAUUAGCAUUAGCUACCUAUACAUCAUAUAACUUGGAGCUUGGAGCGCGGAUUUCAGAUAUUUUUUAGAACGCAAAUAUCCAUUAGACCAAAGCAAU